AUUUAGUUUGAAUUUAGCGAGUGAUUCGCGAGCAACAACUGUGUUCAGAUUGGUAUGUGGAAAUGUGCUCACUGAAUUUGCAUUGUCAGUGGCUAAUGAUAAUGCUGUGCCUGGCCAGCAUUGCUCUGAAUGUGACCAGCUACUCGGAGUACGAGCAGCGUUAUGACAAUCGGCGAGGAGCGGGACAAGAAUCUCGAUACUAUUCAGGUGGCAGCAACGGCAAUAGGCAGCAGCUGCCCCUACAGACGCCUUAUCAGCGACCAGGCGGAAACUACAACCAAGUGGACAAUGACCAACAGCAGCCGCUGAGUCGUGAGUACUUGGUGCGUGCUCACGAGUCAGUCACGGAUCGUGAGCAUCACAGGUGCCGCAUUUGGGUGCCGGUCGAUAUGGUGUCAAAGUAUCCGUUGGCAAAUAUCAUAUCAUCAGAUAUGGCCAACAAGCUGGCCAACAUUGAGGUCUGUUGCACCGGCACCAUUGCCAUACGGCAUCUCGGCGUUACUGUUUGUCGUCCGAUUUGUGGCUGCCUGAACGGUGUUUGUCGUAUGCCCGGCGAGUGCGAUUGCUUCGAGGGAUUCGUGAAGAACGAUAAUGGAGACUGUGUCUUUGCCUGCCCGUUGGGCUGUCAGAAUGGUCGUUGUUUCCUUGACGGCAGUUGCCAAUGCGAUCCGGGCUAUACGUUGGACGAAACGCGUCGCUUCUGUCGUCCCAUCUGCAGCAGCGGCUGCAGCAACAACGGACGCCACAAUUGCACCGAGCCGGAGACCUGCAGCUGUGCCAAGGGCUAUCAGCUGACCGACAAUAAUGGCUGCCAGCCCGUCUGUGAUCCCGACUGUGGCAUUGGAGGCCUUUGCCGGGACAACAACAUCUGCGACUGCGGAGCGGGCUACACGCUCAAGGAUGGCGUCUGCCAGACCGAUUGCUAUCAGAAAUGCAAUAAUGGAAUCUGCGUGAGCCGGAAUCGAUGCAUCUGCGAUCCCGGCUUCACAUACCACGAGCACUCGACGAUAUGUGUGCCUGUUUAAGGAGACUAAAACAAUUACAGGAUAACGUAUGAUUUAUUAGUGUUAAACUUGCAGUA